AUGGACCACAGCCUCACGCUCGCGCGGACACUCUUUGGGAACGACUCGCUGUUUCCAUUUGAAAACACCUCCUCCCCUGCGGGCCAGGAGGAGCAGCAGGAGGACCUGGAGGUCAACACGGACCUGUACUCCCGGGUGGCGGUCACGGUGAUCUACGCCGCGCUGUUCGCCGUGGGCGCUCUGGGGAACGCCGUGACGCUGGCCACGCUGCGCGCCAAGAAGCGCGUGCGCGGCCUGCAGGGCACCGUGCACUACCACCUGGCCAGCCUGGCGGCCUCCGACCUGCUCAUCCUGCUGCUGUCCAUGCCGCUGGAGCUGCACAGCUUCGUCUGGUUCCACCACCCCUGGCUGUUUGGCGACGCGGUGUGCCGCGGCUACUACUUCCUGCGCGACGGCUGCUCCUACGCCACCGCGCUGAACGUCGCCAGCCUGAGCGCGGAGCGCUACCUGGCGGUGUGCCACCCCUUCAAGGCCAAGCGCCUCAUGUCGCGCAGCCGCACCAAGAAGCUCAUCGGCGCCGUGUGGCUCGCGUCCUUCGCGCUGGCCGCGCCGAUGCUGCUCGUCAUGGGCCAGGUGACGCGGCACGGCGAGAACAUCUGCACCGCCACCGUGUCGCCGGGCGCCAGCCGCGCGGGUGCUGCAGGUGGUGUCAUGGUGUUCCAGGUGUCACAGGUGCUCCAGGUGUCAUACGUGCUCCACUCAGGUGCUGGCAUGCCAUAUGCGCCACAGGCUCAGGUGUCACAGGCCCAGAUACCGCAGCCCCACCCGCCCCUUCUAUCCUGUGUGACUGACGCUGUGGAGUCUCACCGCCUGGGCUCCACUACCCAGGACCUCAAGUGGGAGCCGAAAUCGCCCAUCACCAAGGCAGAGGAUGCCUUCCGAGGCAGCUGA